CCUUCAUCCAAGGGUCGCCGAGGCGGCUUGCAGCAUUUAAACACCAAAAGCGCGUAGCAUAAUAGCGAACAUGACAAUAACACACUGCGCAGCAUUUUAUUUUAUUUAUCCCAUUCAUUUAAUAAACAGUCAGAUAUUCAAAAUCUGAAGGGGAGGGAGGGGGGCCUCGUGACUAUCCCGUGACAGCCGCUGAAGAGCCAAUGAGAGCCGCCCUCGCCUUCAAUCUGCCUCCUCCUUGUCGUCGUCGACAAGACCAAGAACUGGAACGGAGGCAGGUUGGGCCCCGAGUCGCCUGUCACGCCGAAGCCCCUCCCCGAACCCGCUCCUCCGCCUCUCAUUGGUCAGGUUGCAAGCACGGGAAGGCGGGGCCGGAGGUAGGUGAAGGCGAAACGACUCGGCGAGCCGCUUCCACCCGAUUGGACCAAAACCGCCCCUUACCCCGCUUCCUCCUUCCGGUCGACAAGAGGAUGAGCCUUCGGCUGUACGGCGCGGGCUGCUGCUUCCUCUUCCGCUUGUGUAGCAUGACUGGUCACGAGCCGCCCUCCUCUUCCUCCUCCUCCGGGCUCCGGUAACGGCUUCGGGGGCCGGCGAAAGGCGCGGGGAGGAAGGCCGAGACGCGACCUCGAGCGCCGCACUGGGCCGGGGAAGCCCCAGGUGAGGGCGCCGCUCCGCGACCCUGCUCCCCUUCUCCUUCCCCCUUUCCCCUCAGCCGCACCUCGCUUGCUGCAGGCUCCGGGGGGCGAGAGAGGUGAGGGGGCGGAGGGCAUGUGGGACCCCCCCUCCUCCUCCUCCGAAAGCUCCGGCCUCGCUCCCCCCCCUUUGAAGAAGCCUGGCGGCAGUCGAGUUGUGGAAAUGGCGGGGCUUUUUAGGCACUUGGGGGGUGAGGGGGGGUCAGGGAAGGGCUUCGCAGGGCUGAGGUAGAGUAGAGAGGGUGAGCAGCAGGCGGCCUCGUCGCCCGGCGCCUGCCAUGCCGAAGGGCGAACCCGUCGCAGGGACACGCGCGCUUUUCGUUACGUCUGCACGCGAAGCGGGGCGGACACGUGAGCCGCAGGCAGGUGGGGGCCCGGUGGCGCGUUCCGCGUGGCGCUCUGCCUCCGCAACUCGAGUGACGGGAACGAGGCCGCCUCAGCAGUUUCGUCCCACCCCCGCCGCCACCUGUAUGCGGCUCUUUCCAAAGCUCUCUCCACCCAUCUCUGGCACAGAUUCUUUGCAAUUCUGAGCACAAGGGCUGCCUCCUCCCCGCCUAACCCCAAAUCCUUAGGAUUUAAUGUUUCAAAUGGUGCAUCCCCGAAACAUCCAUUUCGGGCUAUCAAGGGUGAGAGUGGAUUCUCAGUUACUGAGAGGAUGUUGACUUUUCCUGGGCUGAUCUUUCAGAGCCCACACCCAGAGUUAGAGCAGCAAGAGUCCUCCAAGGUGAAUGUUUCCAACAUGAUAGGCCACACUCGAGACCUGAGCAAGAUGACACUGUCAUAUUCCUUUGCUGCAACUUGCAAUUUCGCCAAAAUGGCUCUUUCAAGUGUGCUAAUAAAUAAGUAUUAAAAUUUAUCAGCAAAGUCAGUGGCACUUUAUGAGCUGCUUAAAUUUGUCCAUGCUGUACCCAUAGUUAAAAAGAAGGUGACUAUUCAUGCAUCAAAGACAUUAGGCCAGCCUUGCAAAUACGUUCGCAGAAAUUAUCAUGCAGCAAACCUACAUUUGGAUGGCUUGAAAUUGCAAAACAAAAAAGCAAAAUGCACCUACUGACUGAUUUCUAAAAGCUUCCAUGUGUGGUCUGAGUGAAUCAUCGUUUAUGAGAUGCUCACUUCUUGUUUUAAUGAUUAACAACAUAAAAGUAGCAUAUGACAAUGCAGAAUUAACAACAGUUUCUGAGAGUGGUUUGAGAUGAGACAUAACGAUAGUAAAACACUGAACAGAAGAUGUACUUCAUACAUUUCAAAGAGGAUGUGAAACAUAUCUGUUGGGGCAAAUAGGGAUUCAGCCUACUGAGUGGAUCCAGUUGGCCGCUCCUGCCUUAAGUAGUGAAUUUCCUCACUCUCAGUGCCAAAUUAUUUCAGGUUGUCAUUUAUGUGAGACUAAUAUUCCAGUUGUCUCUUAAUUCAGGACUGUGAGAUUGCUUAUAGAAUGUCCACCUUUCCAUGUAAAAGCCAUAAUGAAAAAGUAGACAUUGAUUGUUCAACUGAGCUCUGCAACCCAGGUUUCAUAUGUCAGGCUGCCAUAUUAACGCCUUGUCUACAUCUGUUCUUCAUCACCUGCCCUUACUCUAGACAACUGCUUAUAGAAUGUUCCUGGCUCACCCUUGCUUCCAUGCUGUGCUGCUAGCCCUCAUAACCACUGUGAUGGCAAAGGACAAUGAAUGUGAUCUGCUUGGGGAGGAAGGCAGUGAAUCCACAAAAGAAAAGAAGCUGCUGGAGAGGUUGACGCCAAUUUUCGGCAGAAGGUACAGUGCCUGUGGCUGAUUGACUUGUUGGGGUGGCUUCAGUGUAGCUGAUGUCAGGAGCAAUUGCUCAAGAGGGAGUUUUGAGUCACUGCCCUUGGGGAAUAUCCAACCACCUUAGCUGCUUGUCAGACCCGGCUAGUGUCAACAAGUGAUUCUCAUAAGUAUUCUACUUGCUCAUAGCGAUUGCGUUCCUGUUGUGAAAAGAUGGCUGCUGAAGGAGUUUAUCUCCCCCCCCCCAAAUAAAAUUAACAGCUCAUUGGCAAUAUUCUGUUGUUCAUGAAGCCUUGUGGACAUCUGGUAUAGAUACUUAAUGCCCUUACUGAGUAAGUCUCAGAUAUAAUUUCCAGAUGUUUUGGGACUACAGUUCCCAUCAUCCCUGACCACUGGUCCUGUUAGCUAGGGAUGAUGGGAGUUGUAGUCCCAAAACAUCUGGAGGGCCAAGUUUGGCCAUGCCUGAAAUAGCACCUCUGUUCUUGCACUACUUGAAUACUUUCCCCACCAAUCCACAUUACAGACUCUGCAAAAGGAAAUAUGCAGAUAUUCAUUAUUGACACCUGGGUGAGCAGGCUGGGAAGAUUAAGCGUUAACUCAGCUUUUAGUCUCCAGCUACUUGGUGUGGCACCAAUCCCAACUGGGUUGGGGAGAGUCACAGCUGUAAUCCCUAAGGAGGCCAAACCCUACUGACUAGAUUUGAGGGGUUUCAUGGUGUUGAGUCAUUGGAACAGACUAGGGAUGCUGCUGGUCUCUUGUCCACCCCAUUGCAUGGCACUUCCUUUGCUAACCUGAAGGUUAUCUUGAGCAUGGUGUUGGAGAAUCCUUCCAGAGUGGUGCCACGUACCUUCAACACCCACUCCAAUUCAGCUGCCAGUGAACUAGCUUGGGACCUCAUGGCCACCUGGACAACCAUAGAUUUGUCCUGAUCAAUCAGUGGUGCAAUCCAUGUGUCCAAACAAACAUACUCUGGACCUGGUCUUUGCAACAGAGAGGGAUAGCUUGGUUCAGUUGAUUGUGGAGUUUGUAAUGAGGCCGUUGUCCUGGAUGGACCAUUUCCUGAUAUGGUUUGGAUUCCCUCUGAUGGUAUCACCCAUAGGGAUGGAGGGCCUAUUGAGAUGGUCCGCCCUGUAGACUAAUAAGACACAUAAAGGUUCCUGAAUACUUUGGGGGGAUUUUCCAGCUGAGAUGGCUGGCACUCCUGUUGAGGCUCUACACUUGCUGUAGAACAGCAAGAUGCACUGGGCCAUAAACACAGUUGCUUCAGGAGUCAUCAUUGCAACUGGUGAGCAUGCCAGGGUUCCCUGGUAUACCAGGGAACUGCAUGAUUAAACAGGAGCGGCAAUGGCUAGAUUGUAAAUAGUGCAAAUCCCGAUGCAACACUGACCAGAUAUAGGCAAGAGUACUUGGUCAUGCAUACUGCAUGGCAGCGGUGACGGCAAAUAAAGUGUGCCUCUCUGCCACCAGUGCCUCUUCAGUCCAGCAGGGCUGUUUCAAGUGGUGAACAAGCUGAUUACAUCUGCCCAACAUAGGGCAUCUCUGAAGUUCUGGGCACCAGGUAUAGCAAUACCAGAUGACAAUCUAACUCAAGAUUUGUUGGCUCAAUGGAGAAGCUGGUUAUAGGAGUUUGGCUGACUGACCCUUGCCCAUCAUGUCUUACACAGCUAUCUAGAGGGGAUUGGUGGAGUGGGCUCAAGGAUUGAUCAGUGCCUUACUGCAGAAGGGGGAUGUGCUGCCUGCCUUGAAGGACCAGAAGGACCCUUCAGAGGACCAGAAGUGUUACAAUACAAUUGCCUGUUCACAAUCUUGGGCAAGAUUCUUGAGAGGCUGGCAGCAAGCCACCUGCAGGCAUUAUUGGAGGAAGUAGAUUAUCUGAACUGAUUUCAAACUGGCUUCAGUCCCAGAGACGGAGCCUAAACUGCCUUGGCUGCCCUGCUAGAUAAUGUUUGUUGGGAGAGAGGCAGGAGGAGUUGAGUUGAUUCCUCUCAAGCUUUCCACACCUCUUGAUUCCUUUCACCAUGGUAUCUUUCUGGCCUGGCUCUGAGUAUGGAAGGCACUGUGUUGUAGUGGUUCAGUUCAUGCCAGCAAGACAGGAUUCUGGAGGUGAUUGGAAGUGGAAGGACAUUGUUCCACCCAGAGGAAUUGACUUGUGGUGUCCGACAGAGCUUCAUCUUAACACCCUUGUUGUUCAACAUCUAUAUGAAGUUGCCAGGGACACAUAAUGAGGUGUCAUCAGUAUGCCAAUGAUGCUCAGCUCUAUCUCUUGUUAUGUCAGAAUUGGAAGAGGCCGUUGAGGUUCCUGACCAGUGCUUGCAAGUGGUAAUAGGCUGAAUGAAGACUCUUGAAUUGAAACUGAAUCAAGACAAGACAGUUUCUUGGAAUGGGGGUGGGAUGUCACACUGCCAUGGAAAGGGAGUGCUCUUUGAUCCAGCUCUGUCACUUGAGUCCCUGGUUACUUCAGAGCAAGGAGUGCUUAUUUCUAGCUCUGGCUGAUUCACAGAGAAGGCUUGGCACCUGUGAUCCAUGCUCUGGAUCAACAGUACCUGGGAAAGUUUUGUGCUGGCCACCAAACCCUGGAACUUGCUGCCCCUGGAUGUGUAUGCUUUGUGUCUACAUUAUUUACAUUUUGGUGACAUGCACACAUUUUCACGCAGGCAUUUGGGGGAUGGCUGAAUGUGAGUUUUCUGUAUCCAAAGCUGUAUUGUUUUACUUAGAUCAGUGUUUUCAGCUUUUGGAUUUUAAAUACAGUUGUAUUUUAAUUUGUAUUCCCCACCCUGGGACUUCUUGUAAUGAGCACGUAACAAAUAGUUUAAAAAAAUAAUAAUAUGGAGAUACAUGCUGAUCUCCCUUUUUUCAUGCCUCAGGAUUUGGGGUGUUUCUCAUUCACUUUAGAGCAGAAUUUGUAGAACAUGAUUUUUUUAAAAAGUUUGUGAAAACCUCUGCUAAUGGAAUUUGGAAUGAAAGAGGGUUGGCUGUUAUAGAUGCUCCUUAAUUUGAGUGGGAAGUACUAUUGUUAGGAUCCCUCCCACCCCCGCAAAUGUGUGAGCAGCAAUGUUUGUAAGGCUUCUCUCUGUGGCGUCUCCCUCUGCAGUUUUGAAAUUGAAGGUGAGAGUGAAGGUGAGAAAUACACCUACAAGUUCCGGGUGUGUCGAAAUGCUAGCAAUAAGACCAAUUCUGGCUUGGUGCAGAUCAACAAUAAGCAACAGACAAUGGUGUUGGGACGAAUCAACGAAACCCAUCUUGCCAGUGGAAGUAAGAUACAUUUAUCCUUCAACAACUCUUAUCCUUUGCUCUUCCAAUACCACACAUGCCUCACAGGGUGUCUUGGUUUUCUGUCUUGGCAGGUUCAUGGAUUUUACUGACCUAUAAGGGGGGAGACCCCUAUGGUAGCCACUGUGGGAAGGAGCCGAGAAAAGCCAUAGUAAUGAUCACCUGCAACAAGAAGACACUAGCAGUGAGUAGCUACUGGAAAGGGUUAUUAAAAAAUAAUAAUUCCAGGGUAUAUUGGCCAAUGGUUAGGAGUCACCCCUCAUUACACUACCUCCAGUAUUAAUCCUGCUGAAUAAUUUAAGAGCUGAAUUACAUCCUUGGAAAAUGAUAUUUUUCAGCUUGCUAGGAAUGCUUGAACCUGUAUGUUGGUGGGAGGGGAAAGGCUGCUCACUUAGAAAAUGAACACAUUUUGAAGAAGGGUAAAGGGACCCCUGACCAUUAGGUCCAGUCGUGACCGACUCUGGGGUUGCUGCGCUCAUCUCGCUUUAUUGGCCGAGGGAGCCGGCGUACAGCUUCCGGGUCAUGUGGCCAGCAUGACUAGGCCGCUUCUGGCGAACCAGAGCAGCGCACGGAAACGCCGUUUACCUUCCCGCCGGAGUGGUACCUAUUUAUCUACUUGCACUUUGACGUGCUUUCAAAUUGCUAGGUGGGCAGGAGCAGGAACCGAGCAACAGGAGCUCACCCCAUCGCAGGGAUUCAAACCGCCAACCUUCUGAUCGGCAAGUCCUAGGCUCUGUGGUUUAACCCACAACGCCACCCAAAGAAGGGUAGUCCAGGGCUAUUGGGAGGGCUGGGAAGUUCCUGUUGUAAAGAAAAAGUCGAACACAGAGCCCCUACUAGCAUUUUAAAGUACAGCCUAGGAGGCCUACAUCAUAUAUUUAUCUGAACAUGUAUCUCGCUCACUCAGAAGUGGGAGGUGGCACUGUUAGAUGGUUCUUGAAGAAGAUGAAGGACACUGGCGAGCAUAGAUCUCUGGGGAAGGACGGAACUUUGUCCCUGUAUAUAUUUAAGGUGAUAGAUGUAUUUUACUGGGCUUCCAUGAGUCUGCUAUCUUCCCAUAAACAGAGUGGUUUCACCAUGGUGUCAGAAGAACGAGAAAAGAUGGAGGAAUGCUUCUACCUCUUUGAAUUAGAGAGCAGCUUGGCCUGCCCUCCAGAAGACGCUCACUUAAGUAUUGGCUCUAUAUUGCUCAUUACGUAAGUUUGUCUGAAAGUUUUAAUACUCCAUCUACGGUUUAGCAAUUUCUAGGGUAGCUUACAUGCAUAUUCUUUUUAAACAAAACGGGAUUGAAAAAUGAAGAUAACAGUUAAAACUGAGCAGCAUCAGAGCAACUUGAGAGAUAAAAGCCAUUCUGAUAAUACAAUUUAAUAGUGCCUGGUUUCAACAAUAAGUUAUUUACUUGGUGCCAGAAAGACAUGAGAUUUGGUACCAACAGCCUGGUGUAUAUGUGUACAAUCUUAAGGCCUGUACUUUGGACUAGUUGAAAUUUCAAAUGUGUCCCCCCAUUCAGUGCAUCAUGGCAGUGUAAGUUGUAUGCCACCAGUUCAUGAAUAGUGGCUGUUUCUUUUCGGGUGGGAAGGUGGGCACCAGACUUAGAACAUAGACGGCGCUUCACGUCAUAAAAAGGUACAGCUUCCGGGUCAUGUGGCCAGCAUGACUAAGCUGCUUCUGGCGAACCAGAGCAGCGCACGGAAACGCCGUUUACCUUCCUGCCGGAGCAGUACCUAUUUAUCUACUUGCAUUUUGACGCCAUAGAUGCCACUUAAAGGCUAGAUCUUAAAAGAAUUCAAAGCUGCAAAGUGCAACCCCAUCUAAAAUCGGCUGGGAAAUACCUCUCAAAACAGGCACACACCCUACCAACAAGUAUCUUCACUUUCUCAGGACUUGGCGAGAAAGUAUUCCAGAUUUUCAGAGUAUGUCACCUGGCAGUUCAGUACAGAUUUUAAACAGAAUUGGGGACAAAGCUUUGAAGAGUACAUGUGGUAUCGGAUAUUAGUAUUCCCAGUGUCGCCCUUGUCAACUGAGCAUACAGGGUAGAAAUGAAACAGUGGAACACAUUGUCCUCCAUUACAGAAGGGUGCCAUGGUGCUGUUCCCUACUUUUAGUGCCUUAUUAGAAAGGGUCUAGAAAAGUAAUCUGCUGAAAGUUUAUCCACGAGACACUUUUCUGUAAAUGCGAUUCCACAGAAUCAGGUUUUGUAUUGAGCAUAGGGUGAAUGAAAUAAAGGUCUUUGGCCAUGGGGAAUGGAAGGUUUAUCCCAAGGCAGUUGCUUUAAGACAAAAGAAUACAUAUGUAGUUAGGGGCACUGGCUUCCUGGUAAGUAUUUAGUCAGGCAUGACAGUAUGGCAUGUGUUUAUAUCAGAGCUUUCCAAACUUUUCACGUUGGUGACACACUUUUUAGACAUGCAUGAUUUCACGACACAGUAAUUCAGUUUUACUAGCAAACCAGAGGUUAAACUAACCCCUUUCCAGCCCCGGGAGGAGUGCGGGGAGCAUUUGUGGGACACACCUACACACUGCAACCAACACAGUAACUUGUCACGACGCACAGUCUAGAAAGCUCUGGUUUAUAUUAUACAUGUGACAAAUGCCCUGGGCCUUGCAAUUUUAUAGAUGCACAGGAGAGCCUAAAUUACUGCUGUUUAGACAUAAAUUAUAAGCACAGCUUCUGAUUGGGCUUCAGCAAAUCUCACAAGAUGUUGGAAGAUUUGGAUGUUACAAACGGAUACAGUGGUACCUCGGGUUGCAAACUUAAUUUAUUCCGGGGGUCCGUUCUUAACCUGAGGCGCGGUUUCGCUAAUGCGGCCUUCUGCUGCCGCUGCGCUGCUGGCGCACGAUUUCCGUUCCCAUCCUGGGGCAAAGUUCGCAGUCCGGAGCAACUACUUCCAGGUUAGCUGAGUUUGUAACCCGAGGUACCACUGUACAGGGAAAUAAACUUGCACAAAUGUCCUCAAAUGUAGCCUGCAAUUUAGUUUCCCUAAAGUGUACCCAUUUUCCUCCCCAUUUCUGGGCAAAUAAUUUGCCUGACAUAUUGAUUCCUAUUCCCCAUUCCCUUCCCAUAUUUUAUGCUGCUGUGUAUACUCAGUGUGAUACCUAACAACCAUUAAGCCUAAAGUUGUGCACAUUGGGCUCUCCUCUGGUUGCUCAAAAUUAGAAUUUGACUAGACACUUUAGGAGUAACACAUAUUACACCAUAAAGGUUGGAAUCUCAUAUGCCAAUCAGCCUCAUUAUAAGUUCUUAAGCGGUUUUUAAGAGAACAUCAACAUGUUCUGAGUUUUAUUAGAAAUCAUCAUAGCUUUUGCCUUCCUGGUUUGUUUGUAUUUUGACAUUCUCUUUCAGGCUUGCUCCAUUGGUUGCAGUGUACCUCAUUGGGGGAUUUCUUUACCAGCGUCUGCUGGUGGGAGCAAAAGGCAUGGAGCAGUUCCCCCACUUGGCCUUCUGGCAAGAUCUGGGCAACCUAGUGGCAGUAAGUAGCAAAACAGACAAAUCCGUACAGCAGCAAGGGGCAACCUGCGAUUCUUCCAGAGUUUGCAUCUGAUAUCAUGCACACAAGCUGCGUCUACCUGUGCCCCAGGAAAGGUAUACAGUGGUACCUCGGAUUAAGUACUUAAUUCGUUCCAGAGAUCCGUACUUAACCUGAAACUGUUCUUAACCUGAAGCACCACUUUAGCUAAUGGGGCCUCCUGCCGCCGCCGUGCGAUUUCUCUUCUGAUCCUGAAGCAAAGUUCUUAACCCGAGGUACUAUUUCUGGGUUAGCAGAGUCUGUAACCUGAAGCGUAUGUAACCCGAGGUACCACUGUAUGUGCAUUCAGGCAUUUUGAUGAAUCUUGUUUUAACAUCUUGUUUUAAGCAGGCCCGGGUAACCUCCAACCUGUGGACCAAUCAUAGCCUGCAAAGCCAUUUUCCUCAUGACGUCAGCUGAUGUGUGGGAGGAUGGGAUUGAAUCCUGACAAACACCAUCCUGAUUCAGGAGCUGGUUUGCAUCAGAAUCUCGCUAAAACGAAGGACUUUCAAACAGCCCUGUGCUGUUCUUUGAAGUCCUGACAAUUUGGGCUUCAAAGCACAGCAUCACCUGACACCAUAGUGAUGCCCAGCUGUCGUAUUCAGCCCUCCAAGGGAGGGAGAUAAAAAUGGCCCCUAGACAGAAAAGGUGCCCCCACCCUCAUGUAAAGAAGCUGCAGUGAAGCUUGGGGACCCAGUUUGUUACAAUUUUUUAAGGGUCAUUUAGUAUGAUGUCUAAUGCCAGACUGUGAUUAAUCUUUACUAAUAUUUGUUGAUAAAAGCCACUCUCGGAGCCAUGGUUUGAAAUUGCAUUGUGUCAACUAAUAAUUUGAGAUUACCCAGUUUGCAUUCAGACAAAAUGAUAUACUGUUUAAUAAGAUGGAAGCAGAGCCCUUCAGUUCCUUGCAGCUGCACUGAAGGAGAGGGAGUGCAUGAACUGAAAGUUUGUUCUGGCUAGAUAAACAGAUUUAUUGCGUUGUCCAAAUAUAGCUAUUGUUUUUGUUGGAGAUUGCAGCUAAUAAAUUACUGUCAACGGGCUUCCCUUCAGAGUUGUCUGGGAGGCAGCUGACACAGCCUAGGCUUGUUUCCUUGUGGGAACUUCUGAGCUGACACUCUCAAGCUAAGCUUUUACUUACUAGUUGCCUAUGCAAAGCCUUUGAUGUGCUUUAGGUACGGCAGUUGUGCUUAUUUGGCUGCCACGUCUUUCUAUAGUCCCUUCAGCAUUGAAGUCCUCAAAUCAUGCUAAGAGGUGGAAUCUGGAUGGAGACAGAGGUUCAUGCUGCAAUCGCUAUUCGUGGUCUGGCAUUUGUACAUUAACCUGUGUGUGUUUACAGGAUGGCUGUGAUUUUGUGUGCCGGUCGAAACCAAGGAAUGUACCAGCUGCGUAUCGUGGUGUUGGCGAUGACCAACUAGGGGAAGAGUCUGAAGAGCGAGAUGACCAUUUGCUACCAAUGUGAUCUUUUCUUUCUUUUCCUUCCCUGUUUGUUCACAUAAGCGGGUGUCACCUGGUCGCUUCCCCCUCAUCUUUCUUGUGAUCACCCCUUAAGCUGCUUGCUUUUUACCAUGGCUGCCCCGUUUUUCCUCUCCUGCUAUGAAUGAGUACUGGGACUGGGGCUUGGGGCUUUUCUGAAUGUAAAUCUGUGGCAACAAACUUUGAAAUAGGGGGACUGGACAGAGCCCUGACGGGCAAAUGCUUCUCUAGAUUGCCUGCUGAGGCUGAUUUUCCCCAGCUUAUGAAGAAGUGUUUGUAGGUUUGGAGUGGAGCAGCAAGGGGAACUUCAAUAUGUGAAGUUAAAGGGAAGAACCUGAAGGUGCAGGGAAAUACUAGUAGCCUUGGGUAUGGGGGGUGGGUAGAGUGGCUGGGAUUGAGUGCUUUUACAUAUUUUGUAUGGGCUUUAUUCUACAAAACACUGGAUUUCUAUUUUCAAUUAUUCAUUUGUACAUUUUUCUUGAAAGGUGAGGGAGCUUUCCUUGCAUUUUCAGAUUCACCCUUUUAAGAUGCAGUAGACAGUCUGGAGACUCUUCCAUCUUAAAGUAUGAAUUAAAAGUAGAUUUGAGGUCUUUUUUUUCCAGUCACUGGUACAUGAUGAUGGCAAUAAUAUGUAUAUUUUGCUAUAUGGCCUGAAUUGAAACAGAGGCAAAGAGGAAAGAAAGUUUCUCAAACAGCAGGUGCACCUGAGUGGAGUCCCUGCAUUAUCACCUCUUUAACUGCUUUACGAGAAAGAGGAAUUAUCUAGCUUUAGUUGUUUAUGUGCUUAUGGCGGAGGUUGAAAAAUAUAAGGAAGACCAGUCUUCUUAGUAGUUCAACAGGGGAAUAAGGAAUGAAAGUCUGUCUGGGUGGUUAGUCAAAAUCUUAGCCACAAAAACCUAUGGAAUAAACUUUUAUCCUUCCAGACUAGUGCAAACAUCACUGCUGGUCUGUUCUCAGUAGGGAUGUUAAUCUAAGUUGCACCUUCAUCUGCUUCCUGGAGGGAUUGGGACAUGAUAGGUCUGUUGCUUUAAGAGAUUGCUUUCUCUACUUGGUGCAUGCUAUGUUAUCACCUACUGAAGAGAUCAGAGUUGCAGCUCAAAAAUAUUCCUUACUUUUGAAGAUAAGCCAUUUACAGUUCAAAGUCUCCUGAAUUCACUAGUAACACCAGCUAUCUCUUGUGAGGAAUAAUACAUUUACUUCGUAGGGAGAGCUGGUGGUUCAAACUGGGCAGCGAUCUGUGGGGUACACAGCAGGGCGGAAUCUCUCCUUUUCUUACUCAAGAGCAAUGAUCAGCUCUCCUGCUGGAAUGAAAUUAGAUAAAGCUGCAUCAAGUGUCUCAAGUUCCCUCCAACAGGGAUAAGGUCACUGCAAUGGUCACUUUUUCAUAGUGGUGUUUAAAAAUAACUUUGUACAAAGACACAACUUUAAAAUUAAAAUGGCUUGAAGCCCUGAACUGUGCGUUUGUGAGUUAAUCAUAGACAUGCUGAUGGGAGUUGGAACUUAACAUGGAAGGGCUGGAGGUUCCCCUCUCUUAAGUCAAAGCAAGCUGCAGCAAAUUAACCUCGUUAAAUACUACUUUCCUGUUCUUCCUGCUCUCCCAGCCACACAAGGAGAGGGAACAUAGCUCAGUAAACAAACACAGAACUUGGCUGGAGAGUGCUUAAAUUUCAGUUACCUGUAUCUCUAGUUUAGAAUUCAAGGACUGGGAAUAUCAACUACUGUAUUGGCCCGAAUAUAAGCCGCACCUGCAAAUAAGCUGCACCUUUAAAAUUGAUGGGGGGAGGAGAAAAAAUGACAAUACCCAGGCUGCUUCCUUGGUUGGGGAGGACACCACUUUGCUGACAGCGUAAGGUCAUGAAUAAAAGCCACACUUAACUUUUCACUGUCUGAAUUUUUUUUUGGGGGGGGGGGAAUGCGGCUUAUAUUCAGGCCAAUGCUGUGCUUCAUAUAAACAUGCUGUCAAAGGCCGCCUCAGCCACACCUUUUUGCUAAGUGCUAUAGCAUUAUUUAAGCUAUUCUUGUAGUUAAGAAGUAUGAACCAGCACACACAAGGAGAUGGCUGCUGCUUCCCCCACCCUUCCUAUAAUAGCUAUUAUAAUCUCUUCAAUUCACACUAAAAUGGUGAUCACUUUUAACUAAUGGCACAGGAAAUCCGAGCGCAUUUGACUCUCCAGAGUACUCGAGAGAGUCUAUACUCCUUGUGGUUAAAAGCUCUCAUUUGUUAGUGAUAUUAAACUUUGUGUUCAGAUUUGGGUCAUUUUGGAAAACAUAAAACGUACUGGGACCCCUAGUUAGACCACCAAGCCCCACAUACCAGCCUGUAUCUGACAUCAUGGAGUCUUAAAACCCAAGCACAGUACUUUACAAGAUCCAACAAUCAGCUGCCCAUCAGUGCUUUUCAGGUUGAUUUCAAACCUUGUGGCAAAAAACUGCUUGCUUGAUGUCACUGUGACAUCAAAUAACAGGUGGACAAUCCAUGUCAAACUUGGGGCAGGAGGUGGGGAAGAUAGCCUGGUGCUAUGGAAGGAAACUUGAUUGAGCCAACAGCCCAGAAAGCUAAGGCAAGAAUCUCAGCUGGUAGGCAUGAAGUAAUACUGCCAAAACUCUGGUUCCCUCUAGUGGGCUUUAAAAGGCCGUUUGAGUUGUGAAAAUGCUACAUACCCUAGCAUUCAAAAAGUUUUAAAACGACAUUUUGGCAGAUAGAACUUAUUAAACACUAUUUCUACUAAGCAGAAGUAAAUAUGCUUAAGCUGAGCUUUAUGCUAAGAUUUUAAGCACACUUAGGUUUGCAACAGAAAUGAGUAAACUCCUAUAGAAAUAUAUGGAAAUCUCUACAAAUGAUUGCAAGGUAGGUUUAAUUGUUUUAAACUACUAUACUCCAAGAAAUAUUGCUAAACCUUGUUCAGUGUUCCAAAACUGUAGCAGAGGACAUACAGUUUCAAUCUCAGAUUUGAAGUUAACACAGUUAACAAAUUUCAGUAUCCUUAACUGCAAUCUACAGUGACAAAUAUCACACCUAGCUUUAUAAGUACAAGUAAAGCUUUCUCCAUAGCUCCCCUGCUCAGUACAUGUCCCCCUCCUCAAAUUACACUGCUUUAAAAAACCGUUAAAAACAGUUGCUGGAAAAAGGAAUGGAAAAACACAUCCUUGACCAAAAGCCAUGGCUAUCAUCCAGCAGAUACUGUAAACUGCUCUAAACCUAUUACUGGAAGAGUCAUACUUCAAAAGGGGUAAUGAUUACUACUAGAUAUCGCCACUGAUUGGAACAAGCCUGAAAUAUGCAAGCACAGAACAGUGGAAACACCUGCCCUAGUAUAAACUCUCAGACACAACAUAAAAUUUGAAAGGUACAGACUUUGAGACAGACAUACAGGUUACAUCAAAACUAAGAUUUUGAACAUGCUCUGUAUGAAUUGUAACAAAUCCCUUUUGUAGUUCAAAGCAAAGCUGUACCCUACUUUUGAAUGAUUUAACAUGAACAGCAACAAAGCUUGCCUUCAUUUAAACCUGCCGUCUCUCCAAGUGAAACUAUUGCACUGGUGUGUAUCAGGAAAGUCGGGGAGAAAAAAAAAAUCAGGCCACGAGAGGACCGGCAACUUAAUUUUUGAAGCAUUCUUUUUACUGAAGAGAAUAUUUGUAUAAUAAACAAAAAUAAACAGGCUUCUGACAGGAGAUACAAACCUGCUAGAAGAAGCUUUGUCCCAUAUGCUCUCAGGGGGAGGGCAAGAUAC